AUGUAUGCUAAGAUGUGCAAGAGUAAAGGUGAUGUCUGUGUGAAAUGGCGAGAUCACACCAAUGGAACAUGUGUAUAUCACUGCCCUGGAACAAUGGAAUAUAAACCAUGUGCAUCAAAGGAACAGCCAACUUGUAGUUUGAGGCAUGCUGACAGCAAUGCACCCGUUGAUAACAGUGGUGUUGAUGAAGGCUGUUUCUGUCCCGAUGGAAAGUUCCUUUUUACGCCAUCAGACAUCUGUACAGAUAGCUGUGACUGUAUUGGGCCUGAUGGAAAGCCAAGGCAGGUUGGUGAAACAUGGCAAAGCAAUUGUCAAGACUGUUCUUGCAACAAUGUAACAUUGAGUGUUGUCUGCAAACCACAUAAAUGCCCACCAUCACCAUCAAUCAUAUGCAACGAUCAAGGAUACGUGCCAGUUGUUCAAAGAAAUGAACAUGACUUGUGUUGUACAGAAACCAAGUGCAAAUGUAAUGUGACUCACUGUCCUGCUAUGAAACCUCUUUGCAAAACUGGAUAUGCACCAGUGAUCCAUAUGCAUGAAGGCAGAUGUUGCCCAAAAUAUACUUGUGAACCAAAUGCCGUCUGUGUGUACAAUGAUACUGAAUACAAGCCAGGAAUGAUUGUUCCUCAGGAUACGUGCAAGAAUUGCAAGUGUACUGAUAAAGUGGAUCCAUCUACCAAGCACCAUAUUAUUGAAUGCACUGCUGUGAAGUGUGAUACUCACUGUGCAGAGGUAACUAUCCACUCCUCAGAUCUUUAA